AUGGCUGUGAGCGUACUGGGCAAGAGGACUCGAGGCGCUCCCGACCUCCAGGAGCUGCAACAGCAACAGAACAGCACCAGACGCUGCACAAGGCGCACCAGGAGCUUCCAACAAGGCAACGACGAGAACGAGGACCCUGAGAGCACAAUCAGCAUCGAGGCCGAGGACCAGUCCGAGUCAGAGGAAGUCGCGUUCUUCAGCCCGUCCGUCACACGCACGCCGUCUGCACGCCGGACCAAAGACAUCUUCAAAUUCGAGGCAUCUGACUAUCCUGCCAAGGUCCCAAUUACACCCUCGACCCCUCGUCACCGAGAUGUCUUCGCCAAAGUGCCUGUCACCCCCCGUCACCGGGUCAUGUCCGUGGGCAAGCUGUCCCGGCGGAUGACACCCAAGACCCCUCAGACACCUUCAACAUCGCAAACGAUCUACCACCAAGCUCGGCAGCUCUUCUCGCGAAGCUCAGACCCCGGUCAGCUCAUUGGAAGAGAAGAGGAGCGAAAAUCGCUGCGCAGUUUCCUGGUCCGCAGCGACUCAUCCCAGCCCCACGGCUGUCUCUACGUCAGUGGGCCACCAGGGACGGGCAAGAGUGCUAUGGUCAACGAGGUUUCCAACGAAUUGGUCGCCGAGUCGCCGACAGUCCGCAAGGCAUAUAUCAACUGCAUGAGCAUCAAGUCGUCCAAGGAUCUGUACUUCACUCUGCUGGAAUUAUUGUGUGACGAGACCGAGACGACCGAGGAGGACGCUACCACGAUGCUGCAAAAGAUGUUUGUACCAAAAAGAAAAUCUUCGAGCGUCUACGUGGUAGUGCUGGACGAAAUCGACCACAUUCUGUCCCUCGACUUGGAAAGCCUGUACAAGGUCUUCGAGUGGUCGCUGCAGAAGUCUUCGCACCUUCUCCUGGUCGGGAUUGCCAACGCACUCGACCUCACGGACCGCUUUCUCCCGCGUCUCAAGUCACGAAACCUCAAGCCCGAACUUCUACCAUUCCUGCCAUAUACCGCAGCGCAGGUCAAGAUGAUCAUCACGAAACGCUUGAAGAGUCUUCUGCCCAGCGACAAGGCUGCUUCGGACUUUAUUCCUUUCUUCCACCCGGCCGCGAUUGAACUGUGCUCCCGCAAGGUUUCCAGCCAAACCGGUGACCUGCGCAAGGCCUUCGAGAUCUGCCGACGGGCACUGGACCUGGUAGAGGACGAGACACGUCUAAACGAAGAGAACGAGGCGAAGGACCAGGUUUUGCAGAUGACACCUUCGCGUAAGGUGCUUGGGGAGAUGAAGAACGAGACAUCACCAGGAAAGAAGAGCGGGAGGAGUGUUUCAGCUAUUCUGUCCAGCUCUCUACGCUCCCUUACGGUCGAGACAGCGCCACGCGUCAGCAUCUCUCACCUCAACAAAGUCACUUCGGCAGCUUUCAGUAAUGGUGCCAACCAGCGCCUCAAGACGCUGAAUCUUCAGCAAAAGGCAGCCCUGUGUGCUCUGCACGCACUCGAGAGACGCAACCGCGAGGCCUUCCGAAUCUCCACGUCUGGCGUCGCUGGCAAAUCAUCUCCCAGCACACCAUCGUCAAAAUCAUAUAUUGCAGCGCCCACUAUUAAGACGUUGUUCGACACCUAUGCCCUUCUUUGCAAGCGGUCUGAUGCGGUGGCCCUGCACCCGCUAUCCAGCUCCGAGUUUCGUGAAGUAGUGGGCAGUCUGGAGACCCUGUCACUCGUUGCCGGCGUUGACGGGAAGAAUGGAUCGUUCGUCGCGGGUUCACAGCCAGGGACUCCAAGCGGCAGGAAAGGUGGACGAAAGGCCGCUUUCGUGGGCGGCACUGCAGAUGACAAGAGAGUGGCGAGCUGUGUUGGCGACAGAGAAAUCAACCAGGCGGUUGACGGACUGGGAGCUGACAUCCUAAGGAGCAUACUGAGCGGAGAAGCUCUGGACUGA